AUGAAGAUAAUUUUAUUUAUUUGCAUUUGGGCUGCAGCAUGGGCCAUUCCACUUCCUCAAAUCAAACCAUUGGAGAGACAUACUAUUGAAAAAUCUGUGAAUUUACAUCUUCUAGCAAAACCAAAAGUGCCAGUGCAGAAUGAGUUAAAUGCCAAUGACUCCCUUCAUGAAAGUGAGCUAGGAAGGCAACAGUACACCAAGGAUGGUUACGAAGGAAAAGGGGAUGGUUCUAAGUGGGAAGAAGUAGGAGGAAAGAGUUCUACACAGUCUGCUUUAGCAAAUGAAGAGGGGACUAUUGAGGAAGAAAAUGGAGUCACAAGAAAACCAGAAACAUAUGGUCAUGAUGCGAUACAUGGAGAAGAAGAUAACAGUACAGCAAAUGGCAUCAGGGGACAAGUAGGCAUCCCCGACAAUGCUGGGGCAGCAAAUGAGAGCACUAUUAAUGGCAAUGGUGAUCAGAAUACGACAAAUGAGGAUGUUGGAGACACAAGCCAAAAUGAGAGUGCUACUGUUGUCCAAGAAAAUGGACCUCAAGUAACUGGAAGCAAUAAUAGUACAGACCAUGACAAUAAAAUAAAUGGGAAUGAGGGUAAUACAAGUGAAGUAACACCCCAGAAAGAAGGUGAGGGAAAUGGGGAUAAGGAGGUUGAGGUAACACCUGGCAACAGAGAAGAUGCUGACCUGGAUAAUUCUGAUGGGAGUCCUAGUGGGGAUGGAGCAGAUGAGGAUGAAGACAUGGGCUCUGGUGACAAUGAUGGUGGAGAAGCAGGGAAUGGAAAAGAGGGCAGUGAUAACAGCAAGGGCCAGGAGGGUCAGUCUCAUGGAAAAGGAGAUGACAGCAGCAUAGGUCAGAAUUCAAUUAGUGGUGAAGAUGAUGACUCUGAAGAUAAAGAAGAUCCCCAUAAUGGCAUUGGUGGAGAUCACAUCUCCAAUAGUGAAGAAGACUCUGAUGGUAUUCCAGAAGGCAAUGGUAGCCAAGGAAUAGAUGACACCCAGAAACCCAACCACAGAGAAAGCAAAGGUGUGGAAAACGGACAACCAGAACACAGUGCUCUUGGGAAGAGCCAACUUAAGAGAAUAGAAACCAAAGGUCCUAAUAGUUACAACAGAACCAAUAUUACCAAAGAAGCUGAGAAAAUCAAUGAAAGUAAAGAGAGUAAAGGACAACAUGGAAUGAUUGCGGGCUCAGGAAAUGUCAAAACACAAGGAGAGGCUGACAAAAUACAAGGACCUGGCCAGAAAUCAGAACCUGGAAAUAAAGCUGAGCACAGUAAAACAGGUAGUAGUAGCAAUAGUGAUGGAUAUGACAGUUAUGAUUUUGAUGAUGAAUCCAUGCAAGGAGAUGACCCCAACAGUAGUGACGAGUCUAACGGAAGUGAGGAUGCUAAUUCAGAUGGCAACAAUGACAGCAGUAAUGGAGGAGAUGCUUCUUAUAACUCUGAUGAAUCAAAUGAAAAUGGCAAUGGCAGUGACUCAAAUGGAGGAGGUGAUGAUGAUGACAGUGAUGGCACAUCAGAUGCUGAUGAUAGUGACAGUAACGGUGAUAGUAACAACGAGAGUGAAGAUAGUGAUGAGUCGGAAAGCAGUGAAGAUAAAUCAGAGAGCAAGGACAGUGGUGACAGCAAAUCAGAGAGCAGUGACAGCAGUGACAGUAGUGACAGCAGUGACAGCAGUGAUAGCAGUGACAGCAGCGACAGCAGUGACAGCAGCGACAGUAGUGACAGUAGCGAUAGUAGUGACAGCAGUGACAGCAGUGAUAGCAGCGAUAGCAGUGACAGUAGUGACAGCAGUGACAGUAGUGACAGCAGUGACAGCAGUGACAGCAGUGAUAGCAGUGACAGUAGUGACAGCAGUGACAGUAGCGACAGCAGUGAUAGCAGUGACAGUAGUGACAGUAGUGACAGCAGUGACAGCAGUGACAGUAGCGAUAGUAGCGACAGCAGUGACAGCAGUGAUAGCAGUGACAGCAGUGACAGCAGUGACAGUAGUGACAGCAGUGACAGCAGUGACAGUAGUGACAGCAGCGACAGUAGCGAUAGCAGUGACAGUAGUGACAGCAGCGACAGCAGUGACAGUAGUGACAGUAGCGAUAGCAGUGACAGCAGUGAUAGCAGUGACAGCAGUGACAGUAGUGACAGCAGCGAUAGUAGUGACAGCAGCGAUAGUAGUGACAGCAGCGACAGCAGCAACAGCAGUGACAGUAGUGACAGUAGCGAUAGCAGUGACAGCAGUGACAGCAGUGAUAGCAGUGACAGCAGUGACAGUAGUGACAGCAGUGAUAGUAGUGACAGCAGCGACAGCAGUGACAGUAGUGACAGCAGUGACAGCAGUGACAGCAGUGACAGCAGCGAUAGCAGUGACAGCAGUGACAGCAGCAAUAGCAGUGACAGUAGUGACAGCAGUGACAGUAGUGACAGCAGCGACAGCAGUGACAGUAGCGACAGUAGCGACAGCAGUGACAGCAGUGACAGCAGUGACAGCAGCGACAGCAGUGACAGUAGCAACAGCAGUGACAGCAGCGAUAGCAGCGACAGAAGUGACAGCAGUGACAGCAGCGAUAGCAGUGACAGCAGUGACAGCAGUGACAGCAGUGAUAGCAGUGACAGUAGCGAUAGCAGUGACAGCAGCGACAGUAGUGACAGCAGUGAUAGUAGCGACAGCAGCGACAGCAGUGACAGUAGCGACAGCAGUGACAGCAGUGACAGUAGUGACAGCAGCGACAGCAGUGACAGCAGUGACAGUAGUGACAGCAGCGACAGCAGCGACAGCAGCGAUAGCAGUGACAGCAGCGACAGUAGUGACAGCAGUGAUAGUAGCGACAGCAGCGACAGCAGUGACAGUAGCGACAGCAGUGACAGCAGUGACAGUAGUGACAGCAGCGACAGCAGUGACAGCAGUGACAGUAGUGACAGCAGUGACAGCAGCGACAGUAGUGACAGCAGUGACAGUAGUGACAGCAGCGACAGCAGUGACAGCAGUGAUAGUGACAGUGGGGACAGCAAAUCUGACAGCAGUGAUGACAGUGACAGCCAGAGCAAGUCUGGUAAGGGCAAUAACGGAAGUGACAGUGACAGUGACAGUGAAGGCAGUGAUAGUAACCACUCAACCAGUGAUGAUUAG